AUGUGGACUGAGGGCUGCGCAUCGUCCUCACCACAUUGGGAGGCUCCUUCUCCCAGUUUAUGCGGACAUUUCCCUUUUAUUUACCAAAGACACACAUUUGUCGAGUGUCUGUUUCGUUUUUUGCAAAGGGGACCCGCACGUUUGCGAUUUGGCGAUUUACUGCGUUCGGUGAGGGAUUUACUGGAUAGUAGAACGGCAUUUUCCGGUGAACGAGGCGGAAAAUCGCGAAAUUUUGGAGGACGCUGCGAUAACGCUGGGAAAAUGGAUUCCGUCAUUCUUUCUGGCCAUAGCCAGUGCAAGAUCAAGAGAAAGUAUCCCAUAAAUAGGCCGGAAGGCGGAGAUGGGACGAUUUCUACGACAUCUAGCACUCACGGGUCAACUACCCAUGGGUCCUCCUUUUCUGCUCCAAAUACUCACGCCACGCCUUAUUCCAUGGACCUACAGACGGAUACUACCCCUGGAGAACCGGAAGAAGACGGUGAUCCAUACUACACAUGGCGCAGGAAUGCGCCCUUUCUCUACAACUCGCUGGUUGUCCACAAUUUAGAUUGGCCGUCGCUGGUCGUGGAUUUCAUGGACGACUCAUCAAACUAUCGGAUAAAGAAUGGAACGAUAUCACACAGGCUGCUCCUGGGCACUCACACUUCAGGAGCUGAAACUGAGUAUGCCAUGGUUGCAGAAGUGCGUACUCCAACAGCUACGCUUUAUGAGAAUUUGGCAACUUGCGAAAACUAUAGUGGGUUUGUAGGCGCUCGUUCUGCAGCGCACGCUGGUCCCGCUCAAACAACAAGUGAUCAGGAUGAAAAGGCUACUACAAUUGCUCGUACCUCGUCUCAGCCUGUUUCUCAGGUACCAUCGCUGGAUAUCAAGGCCCGUGUAGUCCACCCCGGAGAAAUUAAUCGUAUAUCGCAUGUUCCGGAAAGCAGCUUCAAGUUUGUCACGCAGACAAAUUGUGGCCUGCUUCUCCUUUUCGACUAUUCCAAACAUCCCCUAAACCCCAGGGAUUUGAAAAGUGCACCUCAAAUGGUACUGUCUAAUGGACACACCGCUGAAGGGUAUGGAAUAUCGUGGCAUAGCCCAAACAAGUUUGCAUCUUGCGCCUCUGAUGGGACUGUGUGUGUUUGGGAUUUGAAUAAAAAGGCUCAAUCGUUUACAGCAUCUCUUGAUGGAAUUCACGAUGGAGUACCAAUGGUGGAACCGCUUGGUGUAGUAAAUGUAGAAGCCAUUCCAUUGAAUGAUUUGGAACAUGUUCCAAAAGAGGAAAGUUUGGUUUGUGUUGCUUGUGACGAUAGUUCCGCCAGAAUUGUAGAUUUUAGAGCUGGGAAAGCCACCAAAGUCUUUAGCUAUCAAAAUGGAGAGACAAAUUGUCUAUCAUUCAACAGGUUUGACGCAAGAAUUUUUGUUACUGGGGAUUCAAACGGCUUUGUAUCCCUGUGGGAUGUUAGAAGGGAAGAUGGACCAAUCAAGCAAUUUGAACACCAUAAGGAGUCAAUUUCACAAGUGGAAUUUUGUAAUGGAUCCGCUGGUAUUUUUGCCUCGGCAUCUCAUGAUUCAACCUUGUGCAUUUGGGAUUUGGCUUGCAAAGAUGAUGAGCUUAGAUUUAUUCAUGCAGGUCAUCGUGGUCCAGUUUCUGAUCUUUCUUGGUGUAAGCUUGGACCGUUUGGUGUAGCGCACGUUGGAUUCAUGCUCGCAUCAGUCGGAUCUGAUAACUCUUUACAUUGUUUCUCUCUUGAUUUCUUGGGAUUGUAA